AACACAGCCGCUUGCUCGAAUGUUGUGCUGGCCGCUUGUAGCCUACCAGUGGCAGUCUUGUUGAUCUUAGAGCUUGAACCGGCCGGAGAGAGAAGAGUCUCUUCGUUUCUGCACGAACCGACUGUCUCUCUCUAACUUUCUGAUCCAUCAGAGUACCUUGCCCUUCUCGAGUGUGUGUACGAAAUAAACAAUUUCAAAUUCCGCCGCGUGAAAAAAUUCAUGCUGAUCGAAUGCAGGUUUUUUUUAAUUUUGUGUGUGUGCCAAAUAUUGGUAGUGUUGUUUUCCUCGUCAUGUCUCCGACUGGAUACUGAAAAAAAAAAGAAAUAAACAAAAAACAAAACUGUUUCUCAUAUGUCGCAUUUUAUGGGACCGGAGUGUAGUGGUAACUGAUCAACGACUGAAACGAUUUCCACACUAGGCCUAUCAUUUUCACGCCUAACUGAAGAAAACAAAGUUUGAAGUUUUUCUUUAAUCAUAUAGGCCUCAAUCGCAGUGUAUGAUAUCGAGUGAACUGUCAUCAUCACCGCGAUGCUGUCGUCUGCAUCUUCAGUGGGCGCCAGCGCGGGUUCUUCUUCAACGUCCAAUACGUCAUCAUCGACCAAUAUGCAACAUCAUCACUCGUUCUUCGAUCACCAUCAAAACCAUCAUCAUCAUCACGCCUACUAUCGGCAUCAUCACGCAGCGGCGGCAGCUGCAGCGGCCGCCGCCGCUGCCGCCGUGGUCGCCGUUGGAGUCCAGCAACAAUCCAGCGGGAAUGCAAGCAGCACGGCCAACAAUUCGUCAGCUCAUCAGACUCCAUCGGCAUGCCAAUCGCCGGCUUUAUCGACAUCCGCUGGUUCCACGGCAGCCAAUCCAGCGGCCACUGGGUACGUGACAGGUAUCAACGGAAGCGCGGGAUACGAUUACGCGGCGGCCAUGAGCCGAUACAAUCCGUACGCGGCCAGCUCGGCGGCUUACAUCGGCAACACAUCAGGUUCGGGAUCAGCUGGUAUGAACGGUAGCACUUCAGUGAUGUCUCAUCAUUCAGGCGUGGUCGGGGUCAAAGACAUGGUGAAACCGCCGUAUUCUUACAUCGCCUUGAUCGCCAUGGCCAUUCAGAGCGCGGCGCCUGAGAAGAAGAUCACCUUGAACGGUAUCUAUCAGUUCAUCAUGGAUCGUUUCCCUUACUACAGGGAAAACAAGCAAGGCUGGCAGAACUCGAUCCGCCACAAUUUGUCGCUCAACGAGUGCUUCGUCAAAGUGCCGCGCGACGACAAGAAACCGGGCAAAGGAUCGUAUUGGACGCUCGAUCCGGACUCGUACAACAUGUUCGACAAUGGAUCCUACCUGAGACGAAGACGUCGUUUCAAGAAGAAAGACGUCCUCCGAGAGAAGGACGUUUCCGGAGAAGGUGGCCCAGCUAUGGCGACGUCUUCUUCAUCUUCGUCGUCCUCUUCGGCUGGUAAAAAACAACAACAGUUGCAACAACAACAACAGCAUUCAAUGCAGCAGAGUCAGCAUCAUCAACAGCAAUUGGAUCAUCACCAGCAUUACGGACAACACCACCACCAGCAGCAACAACAACAACAACAACACCAACAGAUGAUGGAUAUGGAAACGAAGCCUCUGCUGAUGGACGUGGCGGCUGACUUGCGUUUGCAUCAUCAUCAUCAUCCUGCAUCGUCACCGUAUUCGUACAAUCCAAUCUCGAGUAUGAUCCACUCACAGUUGUACGCGGCAGCUCAGGCGGCCCAGCAGGCGGCCCAGCAAGCUGCCAAUAGUGGCGGAGGUAGUGCCGUUAUUUCCAUGUCGCCGGAACUGGUCGGCCGGAAAUUGAAAUGCGAACCGGAUGACGAGUCAGAAGAAAUGGAAGAUGGCGGCCGUGGGGCGGUAGAUAUGGCGACGAUGGCGAUGGAUCAUCACUCGGUCCACCAUCACGCCAAAUACGCCAACGCGAUGAUGGAAACGACGGCCGUCGAUUACGGAGUGAAGCAUCACGCGGGAAUCGGCGCUGCCAAGAUGUUUGGAUCCUACGAACAAUCGGGCCACGGAUGCUCUUCUAUGGGAUCAGCUGAGAUCAACUCGUCGGUGAAUAACGCCUUUACUGUCGAGAGUCUCAUGCAAUUGCAACAGCAACAACAGCAACAGCAACAUCAAGACCAGCAACAACAGCAGCAAAAUCAUCAUUACGUCAAUCAUUUGCAUCACCACCAUUCACAUCACCAUCCGGCGGCGGCUGUUGUGGCCAGUCUUGGCCUCCCUUAUCCGGCAGCCGCAGCGGCUGCUGCUCUGUACGGACAGCAGCAACAACAACAGCAGAACGUCACUCAUUACGGACAUUCUUCAUCGUCGUCAUCCAUGUCUUCGUCAUCUUCCAUGUCGUCGUCUUCAUCGUCGCCCUACGCGGCCAAUCAACACCCGCAGAACAACAAUUCAGCGCAUCCGCAGGAGGAAAUAAACAACGCGGCCGAAUCGGGAACAACAGCGGCUGCAUUAGCUACUGGGCUCAACCACCACCAUCAUCAAUUGUCUGCAGGAUCACCUCCAUCAUGUCUGGCCGAUUAUUCACCGUCGCCGGCGUCUUCGGCGUCGUCGCGUUCACUUGGUAGCAACCCGGGCAGUUGGUACUCGCCAACACCUACAGCUCCGCCUCCUCCGCCGCCUCUCCCCGUUCCGCCGACGGCUUCGUCAGCCCAGCAACAGCACAUGACGAACACGACGUCUCCGACGCUACCGGACGCCUCGCCCAGUUUGCCAGCCGAGUCGAGCAGCCCGUACUCGAUCCAGGGCAACGGCAGAGAUUCGGUAGUUUAUCCGACGGUCGAUAACAGAAAUCCGCCGGUUAGCGCGUCUUGUGCGAGCACAGCUUCCUCCGCUUCGUCGUCUGCUGCGUCCUCUUCUAGCGCGACGCGACCCUCUGUGGCCGUCGGCGGCCAUCUGCUCUCCGUCGCUCACUGCCUGCAGCAACAGCAGCGUCAGGCCUCUUCGUCUGGCAACAACAGCAGGAAUAGCGGCCCAGCGGCACAUCACCACCCGUCGUCCUCCAUUCAUCCGUCAUCUCCUUUAAUUCCUUCGGCCGCAGUCUCAGCAGCGGCAACAGUCUUGUCGUCAACGUCGUCGCCGUCGUCUUCGUUGUCGUCUUCGGCCGCUGUGGCUGCAGCCGCUGCAGCCGCCGCAUCGUCGUCCAUAUCCAGCCUCAGUUUGAUGACGUCUGCCAUGUUUCGCGCUGGAAAUCACCAUCCUUUCAGCCUCUACCAUCACUCGUCCGAUUGUCAUAAAUACUAAAUGUUUUUUUUUUGUGCAAAAUUCACGGGGGUUCAUCAUCGAUUCAAUUGUUUAUUCGGAAUAGGAAUUCAUGAUGGGCUUUGUCGGUUGCCCUUGCGCCAAGUAUAGCGAUCCUGGAGCAAAUUUCUUUUAUUCUCGAACUGAAUACGACACGGCCGAUAUCCCCCCCAUAUAAUUAUAUACCCAUACGUUAAAUGUGAAAACUCUAAAUACGUAAAAAAAAAGAAAAAAAAAAUGAUGUUGACCGAUGCUGUUCUUUUGCUUGGUAAACAAUUAGUGAUGGAUGGGUCAAUGUCUAGCCUGAUUUUACAUGGUUGUGGUUGUGUGUGUGUGUAUUUUUUUUUUUGUUACGUGUGUUCUUUUCUUGAUUUUUUAAACAUUCGGUUCUCAAUCAUUUUACUUGGCGUUCUAUAUCUUCAUGUUUUGUUUUGUUUUUUCUUUCUCCGGCCCAUCCCAAUUUCAUCCCUGACCGAAUCUCGUAACUCCUUAUGUAUAUUUAGCAAUUACAUUAGAAUCAUGUAUUAGCCGCUGCGUUGUUCUCAAAUAUACUCACUACAUAGCUGUACAGACACAGGCUGAUGACCUACUAA